GCUGAUGUUGAUAACAGUGGAACCAUAGACUAUAAUGAAUUUAUAGCUGCAACUAUACAUCUAAACAAAAUAGAAAGAGAGGAUCACUUAUUUGCAGCCUUCUCCCAUUUUGAUAAGGAUGGCAGUGGUUACAUAACUAGAGAUGAACUGCAACUGGCUUGUCAGCAAUUUGGCAUGGAGGACUUGAGAUUGGAGGAAGCUAUCCAACAAGCUGCUAAAGACAAUGAUGGCCGCAUCGAUUAUAGUGAAUUUGUCGAAAUGAUGCACAAGGGUAGAAGAAUUUGAGUGCUGGACUCAGGAAGGCUAUGAGGUUUGGUUAUUACAUAAAAGUCCGCUCGAACCUUGUUAUUUACAAAUCAAGCGCCCUCUUUCAUCCAUUAUUCAAAGUCCCACUCAAACAUCAAAAUUCUUUGUAAAGCCCCUACCCAUAUUUUCCAUUUUUAUCAACUUUUCAAUAGUUUGAUUGCGGCGCUCGUAAAUACAUUGG